GCAGAUCAGAAUAGUCCGCUCAAGCUUCAUGCAAGGUCGCGUCCCCAGCUGUGGGGUUGAGGUGUUUUUAUCAUUUGGACAAAGAUGAUGUCCACAGUUUUUCGCCCGGGGGUCUUUUCCCCCUAUUAUCAGGUAACCAAACACGGUGUUAAAAGCCUGGUGUUCCCUGGAGCCAAGGAGCUGCUGCCUGCUGCUGCAGGAGCCCGCCUUGCCCACACAGACAUCAGGAUCCCUGACUUCUCUGACUAUCGCCGACCCGAGGUUUUAAAUCCCCAGAAGUCCUCCCAGGAGAGCAGUGAGGCCAGAAGGGCCUUUUCCUACCUGGUGACCGGAGUCACCACCGUAAUCGGCGUGUAUGCAGCCAAAACUGUGGUCACCCAAUUCAUCUCUUCCAUGAGCGCCUCAGCGGACGUUCUGGCCUUGUCCAAGAUUGAGAUCAAGCUGGGAGACAUCCCAGAAGGCAAAAACAUGACCUUCAAGUGGAGAGGGAAGCCCCUGUUCGUCCGUCAUCGCACCGAGAAGGAAAUCGCGGCAGAGGCGGAUGUCAAUCUUGGGGAGCUGCGCGACCCCCAGCACGACAAGGAUAGAGUGCUCAACCCUAAGUGGGUCAUCGUUCUCGGAGUGUGCACCCACCUGGGCUGUGUUCCCAUUGCUAAUGCAGGAGAAUAUGGGGGCUACUACUGUCCCUGCCAUGGUUCACACUACGACGCUUCUGGAAGAAUUAGGAAGGGACCUGCUCCUCUUAACCUUGAGGUUCCCUACUACGAGUUUCCUGAUGAAGAGACAGUUGUAGUGGGAUAAAUACAAGAGAUCUUUAAACUCCUCCCUCUAAGUUAAAUGUGAUAUGUUAGUUGAGGGGGACAUAAUGUGAGUUUGCCAAUAGUUAUUUGCAAAGGCACGAUUAUGUCUGAAGUGAUUCUUCACUUUCUCACUCAUCAUGAUUUGUUUAAAAUGUUGCCUCUGCAGUGAUAAAGCACUUUAACUAUGCAAAACUGUCAUUUGUCAAUGCAUUUAAUAUUUGUCAUGACACUUCAAGGUUUCAUUGACCCUCACAGAGACAGAAAACAGGACUUCGUUUUCCCACAGAAAGGGUUAUAACAGGAGAAUAAGUAUGGAAGAGGCAGAUUUGAAACAAAAGUGGAAUUAACAUUUAAGAAUAUUCUUGAAACACCGUGUGAAAACAAUUAGCCGAGGGUUUUUGAAAAUAACCAUUUAUUAAACAGACAGGCCCAUUAAGCAGUGCAGGUCAUUUCGCCCCUCCACCAUCUCAUAAACCCUGUUCUUAAACAGUUUCAGGUAUUUUUAUUUCUAAAUUAAAGAAUAUUAGUUAAAUAUUCAUAAAUAAAUAUUAAGUGAUUUUAUUACUUCAAUUAAGGAAAUCAAAUUUAUUACGCAGUGAUGUAUUUCAAGGAUGUUUCUGUUAUUUACAUAAUUUAUGGCUUACAGCAAUAAAAACCCUAACUUGAAUAUCUCAGAAAGUCACACCGCAGCUUUUUCCAUGAUAAUCUGCUGUCGUCUCAUCUUUCUCUUCAUAAAACUCUAUGGGUUAUCCAUAUCUUUAGAUCAACAAAUCUUUUUGACCAUUAAACUCAGUGACGCCACAGUUAUUAAACCAGUUAUUGGUACACAGUGUUGGCAUCUCUGUGAAGCCUGUCAGCAGAAGGCAGCAAAAAGUGCUCCAAAAUUUGAUGGCUGCACUAACUUUAGACUUCAUCAAAUCCAGUAGAUGCUUUUGGUGGUGUUUCAAAAACAGAAUCUCAACACAGGGAACACAAUAGAUUUCAAGAGAAGAAUAUUUUUUCCUGUGUUAAAGCAAUACAUGGCCUGGGUACGUCUAUUUGGUGGCUCUUGAAACAUCCACUCCAGCGAGUGACCACUCAAUUUUGAAUUAAUUUAAGUGGAACUAGAAAUCCAAAUUCUCAGAUUCUUUAAGAUACAUUUUGUUGUCUACCAGCCUAGCGAAGGGUGACAGUGGCUGUCUUAAAGACAGCUGUCGGGCCCAGUCUUUUUUCCUGUAAUUUUGUAGUCCACAUCAUUUCUGUAUUAAAAAUUAUUUUAAACUGG